AUGGAGCAGGGGAAGGGUCUGACUGGCCUCAUCCUGGUGAUCUUUCUUCUUCAAGGUAUUGUGGCCCAGGAAAAACAAGAAAACCAUUUGGUAAAAGUGGAUGACAAUCGAGGAGAUGGGUCUGUACUUCUGAUGUGUGACUUGAAAGACAAGACCAUCACGUGGCUUAAAGACGGGAACAGAAUAAGUCCUCCGAAUGCAACUAAAAAGAAGUGGAAUCUAGGAAGCAAUACCAAAGACCCUCGCGGCAUGUACUGGUGUCAAGGAGCAAAGGACAAGUCAAAGCCACUCCAAGUGUAUUACAGAAUGUGUGAGAACUGCAUUGAGCUCAGUUCGGGUACCAUAUGGGGUUUUAUCUUCGCUGAAAUCAUCAGCAUCUUCUUCCUUGCUGUCGGUGUAUACUUCAUUGCUGGGCAGGAUGGAGUUCGGCAGUCACGAGCUUCGGACAAGCAGACUCUGUUGCCGAAUGAACAGCUCUACCAGCCCCUCAGGGAUCGGGACGAUGCGCAAUAUAGUCAUCUCCAAGGAAGUCAUCCAAGGAGGAAGUGA